AUGGGACCCAAGGCCGCCUCCGGCUUCUACCUGGGCAGGAAGCCCGCCGCCCUGCUCGCGCUGCUGCUGGCCGCGCUGCUGCUGGCCCUGGCCGUGCUGGGGGCUCUGUACGGGCGCUGCCUGCAGGAGGUGGAGGAGCUGCGGGCUGCAGCGGCUCCCCCCUCGCCCACAGCCGGCCCGGAGAAGGAGGGCGCCGGCUGCUGCCCCCCAACUCCCAGCCCCAGUCCCGGCAGCACGCGCCCGCCGGGGGUCUGGGACAACUCCCGCCUGCCCCGCGCUCUGCUGCCCCUCCACUACGAGCUGCGGCUCUGGCCCCGGCUGAGCCCCGGCCAGCCCGGCCCCUUUGUCUUCUCCGGGCAGGUGAACAUCACGGUGCGCUGCGCCCAGGACACGGCCACCGUCCUGCUGCACAGCUCCGAGCUGGAGCUGUGGGGGGCGGCCGUGCGGGGGCCCCUGCUCGAGGGGCCGGACGACGGCGGCGGCGGCAUCGAGGUGGCGGAGCUGUGGCUGGAGGAGCGGCAGGAGUACGCGGUGCUGGAGCUGCGGCGGAGCCUGCGGGCCGGCGGGCGCUACGUGCUGCAGCUCAGUUUCAGGGGGCCCCUGAGCGAGAAUCUGGACGGGCUCUUCCUCACCCGCUACACUGACCAGGGGCAGAGCAGUAUGCUGAUUGCAUCACAGCUUGAACCAACAUAUGCCAGGACUGUUUAUCCCUGCUUUGAUGAACCUGCCAUGAAGGCAACCUUUAAUAUCAUAAUUGUCCAUCAUCCCAGUUAUGUGGCCCUUUCCAACAUGCCUGCUAUAGAUACAUCUGAAAUGAAAGAUGAGAAUGGAAGCCUAUGGACCGUUACCACAUUUAACACGACACUGAAAAUGUCAACUUAUCUAACUGCUUUUGUGGUUUGUGACUUUGAUUACAUCACCAGGACUGAAAGAGGGAAUGAGAUACGUAUUUGGGGUCGUAAAGAAGCAAUUAAAAAUGGACAUGCUGACUAUGCUUUAAAUAUCACAGGCCCACUUUUUUCAUUUCUGGAAGAUUUAUUUAACAUCAGCUACCCUCUUUCAAAAACAGAUCUGGUUGCACUGCCUGAUUUUGGAGCAGGUGCUAUGGAAAACUGGGGGCUAAUGACUUUCCGAGAAUCAGCCUUGAUGUACAUCCCAAGUGAUCAAUUUGGAAGCAAAAAGGCUAUGAUUUGCCUAAUUGUUUCACAUGAGCUAGGACACCAGUGGUUUGGAAAUCUGGUUACCAUGAAUUGGUGGAAUGAUCUAUGGCUUAAUGAAGGAUUUGCAUCUUACUUUGAAUACAUUGGUGCUAGCUACAUAGAACCCAGACUACCACUGAAUAAAUUCUUUUAUUAUCACAUGUUACAACCUGUCUUAAGGGAGGAUAAGGAAAUAGCAGCUCAGCCAUUAUCAGCAAGAGAAGAAAAAAUCAACGGAACAUUUUCACUAGUUGGCCUAUUUGACAUCUUCACUUACAACAAGGGGGCCUCCAUUAUCUGGAUGCUUUCCAGCUUUCUGACUGAGAGGCUGUUUAUCAAAGCACUCAGUUCAUACCUGAAAGCAUUUUCCUUUUCAAGCGUUAACCAAGAUGAUCUGUGGACACACAUACAAAUGGUUGUAGAUGCACAGAAUGAAGUUCAGUUGCCAGCAUCAGUAAAAAAAAUAAUGGACUCCUGGACAUGCCAAAAUGGGUUUCCAGUUUUAACAUUCAAUCUGUCCACCGGCAUUAUCAGUCAGGAACAAUUUUAUAAUAAAAGGACAGAAAACAAUACCACUUACAAUAACACAUGGAUUGUUCCUAUUUCUUGGAUAAGAAAUGGAUCUGCACAACCCUUAGUCUGGCUAGAUAAAAGUAGCAAAAUGUUUCCUGAAAUGCAAAUAUCAGAUUCAGAACAUGACUGGAUUUUGUUAAAUAUGAAUAUGGCUGGGUACUACAGAGUUAAUUAUGAUCCAUUACAUUUGAAGAGAUUAGCACAACUGCUUGAAAAAGACCCAAAGGCUAUUCCAGUUGUCAACAGGUUACAUUUGAUAGACGAUGCUUUUACAUUGGCACAGGCUGGAUAUAUUGAGAUUGAGUCUGCAUUUGAACUAACAAAGUACCUUGCCAAAGAAGAUGAAAUAUUUGUGUGGUAUUCAGUACUGUCAAACCUAAUACCUGACAAUUUGGAAAAUAUUCUGAACAACUAUGAAUUAUAUCCCUUUUUAAAGAAAUAUCUGUUAAAGAGAAUGUUGCCAAUAUACCAUUAUUAUGCAAGUAUUAUUCAUCAAAAUGUUGAUGCUUUGGCAGAUGACUAUUUUGAUCAAAUUCAUUUGGAAAAACUUAUUAAUACAGCAUGUUGGCUGGGCCUCCAAGACUGUUUAAACCUAUCUUCUGAACUUUACACUAAGUGGAUGGAGAACCCUGACAAUGAGAUUCCCUUUACUAUUAAAAGAACAAUCUGUUGUUAUGGUGUUGCAAUGGGAAGUGAUAAAGAAUGGGACUUUGCAUGGAAAAUGUAUAAUCAUAAUAAUUCCACAGAAAUAGAUAAGGAUAUAAUGCUCUUUGCCAUGAGUUGCACCAGAGAGUCAUGGUUGCUUUACAGAUAUUUGCAGUACUCACUCAACAAUUCAUUGUCUUCUGAUAAUAUAUCCAUAGUCAUUUCAAAUGUGGCAGCUACUGAGAUUGGCCAACGCAUAGCAUGGGAAUUUGUAACAGAAAAUUGGCUAGUUUUAAAUGAAAGGCAUAGGAAUGGAAUACUACAGAAAUUAUUGAGAGUUAUGGAAAACUUUGUCAAUACAGACUUACAGAUCCAAGAAUUGCAGCUUUUUUACAAUACUACACUAGACAAGGAUCUACGGAUUGCUACUACUGAAACAUUGCAGUUUGCAAAGUUUGCAAAUAAUGAAAGGAGAAAACUCAUAGCCAGAUUUACUGAUUGGUUACGGAAAAAUAUAGACGACUGA